AUGAAUCAAUACUCUGAUUGGGAUCAAACUGUAUUGAAAAAUGAAGCAGCCUUAGAUAAUUAUUUAGAAUAUGAUGAUAUUGAAGAUUUAUUCAAUCAGACGUUAAGUGGAAUUCAAGAUUUGGAUGUUCCAACAGGAUUUGUCAAUGAAUUAUCCAAUAACAACCAAACUCAUUUCAAUAGUUUGAGUUUAUCCCAUGGUGCUAGUAAUUCCAUGAAUUUUUACCAUCAAAAAGGUCAUAGUAGGAAGAUUAGUGGUACAGCAAUCUUCGGUUUUGACAAUCAUACAAGAGAAUUAUCAAUUGAUAUAAAUGACAAAGAUAAGUCUAUAUCACCAGUACAAUUAUUAAGAACAGUUCAACAUUCCAAUAGCAAUUCAUUAUCGAAUAGUCAACAGCCAUCAUUGAAUCGUCCUGGAUCAGCUUCAAUUACAGGCUCACCAUCACCCAAAUUGACUGGAAUCAAAGAAGAACCAAAAAAGAAAACCGAUUAUAUUGUUACUAAUACUAAUCCCAAAUCUUACAAAUUUCCUCCAUCACCUUCACCCACACCUUCGAAUUUACCCAUGAGAACGGGGACUCCAAGGGUUUCUUAUAGUGCCAAAUAUUUACAAGAGUUAGGAAGAAUUAACAGUAAUAGUAAGUCACCAGUUUAUGCUGAUGAUAUUGAACCAUUAUUGGAAAAGCCGCAUAGUGACUAUGAAUUGAAAUAUGUACCCAUUCCAAUUAAUGAACCAAUAAGUAAUCCCCAAAGUCGUCAACUGUCACCACAACAAGCUCAACAAAUUCAAAGAAUACAGAGAGAAGGUCAAAGGAUACAAGGACAACAAAAAAUACAGCAUAAUCUUCAAAAUUUCAAUACUUAUUUACCUCCUCCUUCACCACCCACAUUAAGUCACGGAUCACCCGAACAGUCAUCACCUGAACCACAAUCUUACAACGGAGAUUCUCCCCAACACCUUACUUCAUCGCCAGGUCAUGAAGAAAAUUUAUUUUACAAUCCCCAAUUUUUCUCUGAUGACAAUCAAUUUUUCCCAUCAGAUUAUUCUUCACCUUCCAAAUCAAUUAAUUCUUCACCUAUAAAGAAUUACUAUUCAUCACCAUUGAGGAAUAUUAAUGAUUAUGACGAGACCGUUGAUGCUGACAACACAAUCCCCCAAAUGACACCUUUAAAACCUACACAACCCAUAACACCUUCAAGAAAUAAAGUAAUUCUUGAAUGGAGUCCAAUAGUAUCACCAAAUGCUAAAUCAAAUAAAGAUGUGAAAUUAGCUAUUAGACAAAGUUCAGCCAAGAAAAGAAUUAAAAAGACAUCUUUAUUACCCCCAGGAGAGUUGGACAAGUAUUGGGAAGGUCCCAAUGAAGAAAAGUUUUUCAUCUGUACUUAUAAAGACUGUGGAAAAAAAUUUACCCGAAGAUAUAAUGUAAGAUCACACAUUCAAACUCAUUUAAGUGAUAGACCUUUCAGUUGUGCUUAUUGUCCUAAGAAAUUUGUCAGACAACAUGAUUUGAAUCGUCAUGUUAAGGGACAUUUAGAAUCAAGACCUUGUGAAUGUCCUUGUGGUAAACAAUUUGCUAGAGUGGAUGCUAUGAGAAAGCAUAGAAUAAGGAAUAUCUGUGAAGGAGGAAUACAACUCAAUCUGAAUGAAGUUGCUCAAUUACCUUUAGGUAAUGUCGAAUAUUCAAGUCCCAUCAAAUACGAGAAUAAUUUAUUGGGCCAUGUAGGGGAACUUGGUGGUUUUUAA